AUGGCCGCACAAGGCGGUAUCUCUGACCCCGGUCUUAUAACAUUGGUGAACAAGCUUCAGGAUGUAUUCACGACCGUCGGUGUACAAAAUCCCAUAGAUCUUCCUCAAAUCGCAGUGGUGGGAAGUCAGUCGAGUGGAAAGAGUUCGGUCUUAGAAAACAUAGUUGGUAGAGACUUUUUACCUCGAGGAACCGGUAUUGUUACUAGACGACCCCUUAUCUUACAACUUAUCAAUCGACCAGCUCCCGCGAAAUCAAACGGGGUCAAUGACUCGGAGGAACUGGCCGCUGGAGGUGAUAAAGAAGCAAAUGCUGAUGAAUGGGGCGAAUUCCUUCAUAUUCCCGGGCAAAAGUUCCAUGACUUCAACAAGAUUAGAGAGGAGAUUGUGAAGGAAACUGAGGCGAAAACCGGUCGGAAUGCGGGAAUCUCCCCAGCUCCUAUCAAUCUUCGCAUAUAUUCCCCAAAUGUCCUCACACUUACUCUUGUCGAUUUGCCUGGUUUGACCAAGGUUCCAGUCGGAGAUCAACCAAGAGAUAUUGAAAGGCAGAUUAAGGAGAUGGUUCUCAAGCAAAUUAGCAAACCAAAUGCUAUCAUUCUUGCUGUUACAGGUGCAAAUACCGAUUUGGCUAACUCUGACGGAUUGAAGCUUGCGCGAGAAGUCGACCCAGAAGGUCAAAGAACUAUUGGUGUUUUGACAAAGGUCGAUUUGAUGGACGACGGAACUGAUGUCGUGGACAUUUUGGCUGGAAGAAUUAUUCCCCUGAGAUUAGGUUAUGUUCCAGUCGUCAACAGAGGUCAGAGGGAUAUCGACAAUAAGAAGCAGAUUACCGCGGCAUUGGAAAACGAGAAGAACUUCUUCGAAAACCACCGAGCAUACAAGAAUAAGAGCACAUAUUGCGGAACUCCAUACCUCGCCAGAAAGUUGAACCUUAUCUUGAUGAUGCAUAUCAAGCAAACUCUCCCAGAUAUUAAGGCUCGUAUUCAGACUUCGUUACAAAAGUACACUGCAGAGUUGGCAGGUCUUGGAGAUUCGAUGCUUGGAAAUAGUGCAAACAUUGUGCUCAAUAUCAUUACAGAAUUCACAAAUGAAUGGCGGACGGUCUUGGAGGGUAAUAACCAGGAGCUCUCCAGUAUCGAACUUUCAGGUGGUGCUAGAAUCAGUUUUGUCUUCCACGAACUUUAUUCGAAUGGUGUUAAGGCUGUGGAUCCAUUUGAUCAAGUUAAGGAUAUUGACAUUAGAACUAUACUUUAUAACUCUUCUGGUUCUUCGCCCGCGCUUUUUGUCGGUACCACUGCUUUCGAGCUAAUCGUUAAACAACAAAUUAAGCGCCUGGAAGAACCCAGUUUGAAGUGCGCUUCUUUGGUAUACGACGAGCUGGUCAGGAUCCUUACUCAACUUCUUGCCAAGCCGCUAUUCCGCAGGUAUCCUCAACUCAAGGAGAAAUUCCAUGCUGUCGUCAUUUCAUUCUUUAAGAAAGCCAUGGAUCCUGCCAAUAAACUCGUAAAAGAUUUAGUGGCAAUGGAAUCGUGCUAUAUCAAUACUGGUCAUCCCGACUUCCUCAACGGUCACAGAGCUAUGGCUAUUGUUAGUGAGAGACAUAAUGCAUCAAAGCCCGUCCAGGUUGAUCCCAAGUCAGGAAAGCCAAUUCCAUCAACGCCUGCACGUACAGCAAGCCCAACACUUGAUGGAAUGGGCGAACAGAAUGGAGGCUUCUUUGGAAGUUUCUUUGCUUCCAAGAAUAAGAAGAAGAUGGCUGCCAUGGAAGCCCCACCACCAAUUCUUAAGGCUUCUGGAACUUUGUCAGAGAGAGAAGGCACAGAAGUUGAGAUUAUCAAACUACUCAUCAAUUCGUAUUACAACAUCGUAAAGCGAACCAUGAUUGACAUGGUACCAAAAGCCAUUAUGCUUAACCUCGUCCAAUACACCAAGGAUGAAAUGCAAAGAGAGCUUCUCGAGAACAUGUACAGAACCGAUACUCUUGAUGAUUUGCUCAAAGAAAGCGACUACACCGUUCGAAGAAGAAAGGAAUGUCAACAAAUGGUUGAAUCACUUUCAAAGGCGAGCGAAAUUGUUAGUCAAGUACAAUAA